AUGAGAAGCGCAAAUAAAGAAAAAGAAAAAAGCGCUUCUCUUAGAAAAAAUUCCUUUGCCGAUUCAUUUAUUCAAUUUAAAUGUAACGAGCCAAGUCAAGCGUCUUUAACUGCCUCUCGAUAUGAUGGCAGAAAUAGAAGAUUGAGUUUGGGAUUCAUGCAAAGUGAAGAAACACCGAAAUCACAUAAUGACUACUUCAGUAGAAUAAUAAAUUAUGAAAAAGCAACAGAAGUUAAUGGUAUAGGCAGUGAUGACUUAUUGAAAACAAUUUACUAUUUAAAAACAGAAGGAUUAUAG